CUGACCAGUUUUCAUCCCACCUCAUGCUGACCGCCACGUUACCGUGACAACCCCCACCAUCGCUGCAGGCACCAGAAGGAUUGUGUCCCUUUUUCAUGCCUUAGCCUCUCCGCUUCUCUCUAGUGCGCCUGUGUCCUCUCUUGCUUGUUGGCUCUUCUCCUCUAGCCCGGGCUUUCCCUUCCCCUCUCUCCCUCUCCUCUCCUCUCCUCUCUUCCUCCUCCUCUUCCUCUCUUCCCUUCCUCUGACCUCUCCCCCUCUGUCCUCCGGCAACCCCUGCCUCAUGAACUUUGAAGCUAAGAUGAGCUGGCUAAGUCGCAUAACUCCCAGGGGCACGGACGGACGGACCAAUCGGAGUGCAGCCUCUGCCAGCCCGUGCACAGCCGACCCUGAGACGUGCUUGAUGGUGUUCGAGAAUCACUGGAGACAGGUGUCGUGGGUACUGGAGCAGAGGGACUCAGUGGCUGGCGGAGCUGAUGAUCUGACUGCAGUGAGGAAUCACACAGAUCAGAUGCUGUGUCUGCUGGCAGAAGAGAAACCAGCAGGGGGCGACAGUGAUACACCAGCGAUGGGCCCCAUCUUGGAGCUGGUGGUGUCCGAGAACGUCCUGCAGCGCUUGGUGCAGUGGCAUGUGCGGCGUGGCCUGGACCCGGACAGCCAGACGGCGCUGCUCAAGCUGUUCGAGAUGCUGAUCGGCCGGUCGCAGCAGCCCCUGCUGCAGCACAGUGCCGUGCUGCAGCCACUGCUCGGCCUGCUGGGAGCCUGCGCCGACCCGCAGCUCGGCUGCCCGCCCAGCCUGGAGGCCAGUCUCGUCCUGCUUCUCAACCAGGUGUGUGUGUGCAUGUCGAGACAGCCUGCCGUGCUGGAGCUGCUGUUCAGAUGCGGGGCGGUGCAGCAGGGCCCCACUAACCUGCUCAUCUUCUCUCUGCUGGUGCCCUUCAUCCACCGAGACGGAGGUCUGGGCCAGCAAGCCCGGGACGCCCUGCUCCUCGUCAUGGCCACGUCCGCCAGCAACCAUGCCGUAGCCCGAUACAUCACCGAGAACUCCUACUUCUGCCCAGUACUGGCGACAGGCCUGAGCGCCCUGUACUCCUCUCUGCCACGGAAGAUCGAGGUGCAUGGUGAUGACUGGCACGCCCUGCGCAGGGAGGACUGGAUGGGUGUGUCUUCUCUGGUGGUGUUCAUGAACAGCCUGGAGUUCUGCAAUGCGGUGGUGCAGGUGGCCCACCCGCUGGUGCGCUGCCAGCUCCUCGACUACCUCCACAAUGGCUUCCUGGUACCUGUCGUGGGUCCCGCCCUGCACAAGUCGUCUGUGGAUGAGAUGAUCGCAAGCACUGCCUACCUGGACCUGUUCCUGCGCAGUGUUACAGAGAAGUCCCUCGUCAAGACCUUCCUCCGCUUCAUCCUGUUGCAUCGCCACGACAAUGACACGAUCCUCCACACGCUGCUCACACGCAUCAGCAGCAACUCUCGGCUGUGCAUGGUCUCGCUCAGUCUCUUCAAGACUCUGCUCUCCUUCAACUGUGAAGACCUCAUGCUCCAGCUCGUCCUCAGGUAUCUGCUGCCCUGUACGCAUGUGAUGCUGAGUCAGCGGCGUGCAGUAAGAGAGACGGACCUCUACGGUAAAUCGGCUGACAAGUUCCUGUCUCUCAUCCCCGAGUGCUGCCGAACCACCACAGCGGCCACUAGUGACAGGGAGGAGGAACCUGCCUUCUGGGGCAAGGUGCUGGGCAGCCCAAAUUCUGAGUCUCCGGUUCAUGCCAAGCCCAGCACCCCGUCCCGCUUGGCGCUGUUCAUUCGCCAGCAGAGCACCGGGGUCACGGGCCCCCUGUCCUCUGCCCCUGGCCCCGAGAGCGCUCCCUCCUCCCCCCGCAACAGUGCUCCCCUGCCCCCCAGCAGCCCCAUGCACCAGCCGCCAGACCCUUCAGAAGUCGAAUCUGGCUACCUGGAGUACCUUCGGGACGCCCGUCGGGGCAUCGAGCUCUGCUCCUGGGCCUGUCGGGACUGGUCAGCCCCUUACGAUGGUGACAAUCCGUCCCCGAGCUCGGUACCUCCUCCACCACCGCCGCCCACGUCAACCCCGUCUCUCAGCAUGGUGCCCGAGCACUUCUCCUCACAGCGCAGUGUACUUGCAGACCCCGCCCAGCAGAGGGCAGCAGCGGUGGCAGCGGCGCGGGCCGAGUGGAGCAGCUCGGACCGCAACAGUGGCGAGUGGGACAUCACCAUCAGCAAGAACUGCAUCAGUCUCACGCCCCGCAGCAAGAAACGCAGUCUGCUGCCCAGCUCCGUCCCUCUGCAGCCUUCGUCAUCGUCCUCGUCGUCGUCAGUCACCGAGGUCCCUUUGGGGACAGCCGAACCUACAGGUCCACUCCACCAUGCAGUCCCCCAUCAAGCACUCUAUAAUGGCACUGGACAGGCGAACGAGUGCGUGGACACGCCAGAUGGUGGGAUGGAGGUGAAGAAGGUGAAGAGAGAUGCAGACGUCAGCGGAGAACCGGGGCCGAAUGGUGGGGUGGGUAUGAUGGGUUCUACUGAGUCCAGUCUUGCCUUAGAGGGAGGAUACGGCGACUUCCAUGUUAGCUCUGCAAAGAAACCAGCUCCAUCUCAGGUGAAAUCCAAUCUGCUUCCACAAGCACAGACAUGCUCACCCAGCCUCCAGCCCUCCAGCCAGACGUUGAACUGCAGGUCCCUCCCAGCCCCGAAACCCAGCGACGCGUCUGUGGCAGCGGGCGGCAGCCAGGCUCUGGAGUCAGUCGAGAGCCUGAUCGAGGAGCUGUUGGAGCAGGCACCAUCCGAGCCCGACCGGUCCGAGCUAGGAGACUCCAACGGCCACGGCAUCAGCAUCGAGGCUUUCCACCAGGAGCUCAGAGAGCUUGAGGAGCGCGUGAGGGGGAGGAGGGCUCACUCGCACAGUGCCGAGGAGCUCGGCCAGGAUUCUGUGCCCACCUCCCCUGGCCCACACCGGAUGGAUGAGGAGUGUCCUCCGCCGGAGAGUGAACAGGGAGCAGGAGAGCCCAAGUCUGAUGGCUCUGCAGGGACGUUCAGCCCGGCGCGCCCCCCGGCACAGCCUCUCACACAGCCCUACAUAGGUCCUUUCAUGACGGUGCUCUUUUCAAAGCUGGAGAGCAUGUUGCAGAAUUCGCUCUACGUGAACAUCCUGCUGACGGGCAUCGUGUUCCAGCUGUCCUGCUACCCUCAGCCUCUUCUGCGCUCCUUCCUCCUCAACACGAACAUGGUGUUCCAGCCUAGCGUCAAGUCUCUCAUACAGGUGCUUGGCUCUGUGAAGAACCGUAUUGAGGCGUUUGCUGCGAUGCACGAGGACUUUCCUACCAUGCUGAGGAAGGCUCGCCGCUUCCUGGUGGCUCGAGGCAAACUCGACUGGACAGACCCUCCUGUGGGGGUGCCGCCUCUCCGCCGGUCAGACUCUCUGGUGAAGAGUCGGAAGCCGUCUCUGGGCGACCUGAUCCUGAGGCACACCAGCAGCCCGACACGGGCACGGCACGCCGCCCAGGCCGCCCUGGCUCACGUGAGAGACGGCGGCCAGUCCCUGCACAGCGCCUUGUUCCGGGGCGCGGUGGCGGCCAGCGGGGCAUCCAGCCUGGAGAAGCAGGCGGAGGCGCUGCGCGUGAAGAACACCGUGUACUGCGCCGUCAUCUUCUCCGAGUUCCUCAAAGAGCUGGCGGCUCUGGCGCAGGAGCACGCCGUGGCCAUGCCCUUCCCACCUAGCCAGGGCACGGAGGAGUGAGGGGGUGGAGUGGAGGCGCACAGGACCAGCUGUGCCCGGUCGCCCCGCUGUGUCAUGCACGCAGGAUGCCCGUCAUGUGACUAACAUCCAUUGAUUUUCUUUUCUUUUCUUUUCUUUGUUUUUCUCCCCCUUCAUAGGAAUCUAUGAUUUGUUUGUGGACUUUAUUUGAGGAUAAAGGAAGUACGUGUCUGAGGGGAGAUUGGUGUGAUCUCCAUGUUUAUAAUGGCUUUUUUACUGUACAUUUUAGUGUACAUGAUAUGUAAAGGGAUUAUUGGUAAAGCUUUAGAAAGUUGCAUAUAAAUCUUGUAUAUAAUCUAUAUAAAAUAAAUGUGUAUAUUGUUUUUACUCUGCACACUCAGAGGAACCUGUAUCCUUUAACAUGGAGGUUCAGCUGUACACAAGCACUCCCUAAAGGAAAGGUUCGGUGUUCUUUAACUACAUAUUGAUUUUUUACAUGAGAGGUAAAAUGCUGUGUACCCCAGGCCCCUCAGCCCACAGCCUGAGUGUGCGAUUGGUUGGUUGGUUGGGUUUGUUUUUUUGGUCUGGUUUUGUUUUUGUUUUUUUGUUAUCCUGUGCAAUCAAAGUCUCACAAAGAUCACAGGUUUAUUAUACAAUUGUGUAUAUUUAUAUGGGGAAAUUAUUUUCAUAAUUUCACAAUACUCUCAUCCUUUUUGUGAGCCUCAAGCCUUAAGAGCUUUAAUAGGAGCUUGAUCUUUAAACUUAAAUAAAAUAAAAAAUAAAAACUACGGGUCACAGAGUCAAGGUGUCUGGGGUAAAUGGCCACAUGUCAGAAUGUGAAAAAUCAGUAUUUAGUUUGUGAUGCAGCCCCUUUCCUUUAAGUAUCAAUAAAUUUUAGAAUUGCCCAAGUAGAAAUAAUUUUUAAAUCAAGGUGGGUGUGAGCUAGUUUGAAUGCCAUGCACAGUUUUAGUGAAAUGUCCAUUUUUACCCCUUUUGCAUAGGAAAAUCUGUUCCACCAUUAGUGAGGAGAAACGGCCUGUUAGCUAUUGUCAGUAGCCCCCUCAUUGCAACUUUGAUGUGGCGUGUGUGCGUGUGCGUGCUGCCACAGUGAGAGUUUACAUAAGUGUAGAUUUCUAGUCUUAUUAAUUGAGUGCACAUGCAGCCCGGUAAAAAUGCAUAGUAUAUGAUAGGAAUGUUGAUCUCACUGUCUGUUCUGUACAGCUCGGGAGGCGUAGUGUGCAGUGUGAUCUGGUUUAGGGUCUGUCCAGACCACUGCAGAUCUGUGUGCCAAUUGUGACCUUCUAGGAUAAGAAGUUGGGGGGUGAAGCUAAAGGCAGGAUUGGCCAAUCCGUGUCAGAAAUCUUAAGACCACGCAUCUGUUUCUAGACACAUGACCUUAGAGGCCAAUGCCAUAGACAAUACCAGAGGAGGAGGGAUGAAGGAGUGGGUCAAGGUUUGCCCCUCUUCCCUAACAGCAUACCACAUCCACACAAGCCACAUUAUUGAUUUGCACCCUCCAAAUAUUUUGUUCCUCAGUGAGUUUGAAGAAAUGCCAACAAGAGAAUGCCUUGAAAAUGAGCCGCUCCAUAGGGCAGGAGCACUCCACGUGUGUGCUGGAAAUGCAAUGGUACUUCACAGGUCCUCCAUCUCAGUCCCCUGAGCGAGUGCUCGGGGCUAGUUCUCUUUGCUGCUGGUAGGUUUUGUGGCCAGCGCAGCCAGAUUUUGGGACGAUCCCAGCCUCUGUAGGGGACGUGUCAAGUUCAUAGAAACAGAAGCCAUCUCAGUGUUGCAAGAGGCAGUAUGUGAAGCAUUGCGUGUGAGAUCACCGUGUGCUUAAAUACAGGGAGGAGAAAACGCUGUCACCACACAGUGGUUUGGCUGAAUUAGAAUUUCUUUUUGUUGUUUAUUGCCAAGACACUUUUGACACUUUAGUAUUCAUUGAAGAAGGACUGCAUAUGUGAGAGUAUGUGUGUUUCAUCUAUCAUUUAUUUUUUUUGUUAAUUGUUAUUGUUUGGUACAUUUUUUUUUUUUCUUACAUAGCCAUAGAGACAAUACGUCACACACCUCACUUACCUUCUUAUUUCUGUAAGCUAGUUGGCGUGUGCAUUAUUCUGUAAACCAAAUCACAUGACCAUGUAAUUGAGCCUGUGAAUGAAGAGAUGACAAUUCUGCUUUAAGCAGACAUUUUCCUUGGAAAUUGAAUCAUAUUUCCUUUAUAUCGAUAGAUAAAAAUAAUCACAGGGGAUGAAAGGGAAAAAGUAAUAAUGUAAUUCCUAACUAAGCGUAAAGGCUGUUGUUUUGUUAGCGCCUCUUAACGAUCCAUGAGCCAUCCAUCAGCCUGUUCUCAGCAGACUGGCUGUAUUCUCAUUCGCUCUGGUCAGAGCUGCUUGCUUGGCCUGCAGCUCAUCUGCGUGUUGGUGUGCAGUGCACUGUUCGUCACUUUUAUUUGCAGUUUUUCUCCAUCCUUUCACUUGUAUGCUUAAAGCACCAUAACGUCAGGUUUCGCAUUUGUAACAUAACCAUGUUAAAACAUAACCAUGUUAAAAUACGUAGUACAAAAAAGGCUCAACUUGAACCACCAUGAGGUUUUAGCCAUGUUUCUUUGGCCAUAUAACUGGAAUGUGUAUUGUACUGUCUUAUAAAUGGCUUUAAAGAUGUUCACAGUAGGACUGCAGGCUCACAGUCUGGUCUCCCAUUGAAGACAGGAGCUAAAUGCUUUGUGGUUUUAAUCUUGUCAGAGUGAUGUUAUUCCACUAGUUGUGGUUUAAUUGUAUUGUGAAAGGAGACUUUACUGAUGAGCUGGUGUGGGAACAACAGCAGGAGAGCCACUGCUAACUUUAAGCAGUUUACAGGCCAGAGAUGAUGUGAUGUUUUACUGGCUUAUGGCUGUAGGAGAGUGCUGUGUGCUAUUCAAAAACUGACAUUUUAUUUUUGAUUCAUGAAGCUUUGAAUGAAUGAAUGAAUUUUAGCAAAUGCAUUUGUUUACAGUGGGACAUUGGGAAAUUUGUGUGUGUGUGUGUGUGUGUGUGUGUGCGCACGUGUGCAAAUCCGUAAGUAUAACAUUCUCAUGUUCUGAAUUUUUUUUGUUCUUGAUUUAUUACUCAUUGGCUUCUUUUCUUGAGUGAAGUUGAUGAUGAUGAUGAUGUGUUUGUGGCUCAUUUAUCUAUGCAAAUCUGCUCCUGUCCUGCAUCUGAGGCUGCAACGGUUCAGCAUUUGUGAACACACUAUCAUUUCAAUGUGCUAUGGAGAAGUUCACCACCCUUCUCUUCGAUAAUCCACAAGACUGUAUGGAAACACAUGCAAAGUUAUGAAUGUUGCCAGAAAUAUUUUUCUAUAAUUAAAAUAUUGAGGAGUACAGCUGAUCUGAAUGAAGGGGGAAUCAACGGUUAAAUUUGGGGUAGAACCUGUGAAACACUAAAAGGGAAUGGUUUUUAUUAAUUUAUAAAUGCUUUACCUAGCAAUA